AUGAAGGUGGAAGGCAAACCGAGGACACAAACAGACUGCCCCAGGAUAUUGCACUGCUUCUGGGUGCAGGGUGGACGGAUGGAGCGCUUCGUCCGUGUUCCCUACAGCUUGUACCCAGGCUAUGGGAACACAAUGCCUUUGAGCCAGCCUGGACUCUCUGAACACAUACAGCCUGACUGGAGGCAAAACAACGGUCCCCCCGCUUUCCUGGCAAGGCCGGGGCUGCUUGUGCCUUCCAACGCCUCCGACUACUGCGUGGGCCCUUACAAGAGGGCCCAGCUUAAGGCCAUCCUCUCCCAGAUGAACCCCAGCUUGAGCCUGCAACUGUGCAAGGCCAACACCAAGGAGGCUGGCGUGCAGGUGAGCCCACGGGUGGACAAGUCCGUGCAGUGCUCGCUGGGGCCUCGCACCUUGCACAGCCGCUCCCCCUGGGGCACCACAGGCCACAAGGUACCCGUGUCAGCCUGGGGAGUCUAUUCACCAGUGAUGGGCCGUAGGGGCCUGGUGCGGCUGCGGAAGGAUGGGGACGUGUUCCUAACCUCAGCGAGUAGCACCCUUGUUCCUCUGCUUGUGAAAGCCAAAAUUCUAGAAGUCUCUCUCAACAACUCCCUGUCCCUCAACCUUCAUAUCUAA